AUGUCAGACGCCAAGCAAGACCUUGUGGACGCCUCCCUUCUCUCCUCUUCCCACCUAACACCCAUCGACCACAAAUCACACCCCCUCUCCUCUUGGCCGUCUAUCAAGCCCAAUCCCAUCGGUCGGCUCUCCCUCUUGAACCCCUCUAUCACAGUCGCGGCGGCUCGCGAAUGUAUACAGGUCGGCAAGAGCUUCCCCAUCGAUUGGCCAGUAUAUCAAUCUGGGACGUGCUUGUUCGAGAGGCCUUGUGGGCAGCAUGAAAUCAAAAGAAGGGGGUACGGAGACGAUGAGAAGCAACAGACCGACGAGAAUGGGACCCCCUGGGUUGUUUGCUACGAUGAGAUCCUCACUAUCAACACUCAAGCUUCGAGCCAGUGGGACUACUUCUUACACUUUAGCUACCCAGGCUCUGGUGUUUUCUACGGUGGUAUCAAAGAUCAAGAUAUCCUCAACAGAAAGACGGGUGACUUUUGCGUAGCGGCCCUGGCCAAAGCCGGUGGUAUACAGACUCGUGGAAUCCUUAUCGACAUUCCCCUGUACCUAGAGCAAAACAAUCUGCCCAGCAACCCUCCCUUGCUUAAUCCUGCCUCAAACCCGGUCGACUUGCCUCUCCUCCUGAGAGCUGUGGAACAUUUCCAUCUGCAACCUCGCCCCGGAGACGUCUUGCUCGUCCGUACCGGCUUCGAAGACGUGUACCGCGAGGACAGCGAGAAGGCUCAAGUGGACAGACAUAGGGAGAGUGCGAUCCAAGGUCGGUGGUAUGGGGUGGAGGGGAAGGAGGAGGUGGUCAAGUGGAUAUGGGAAACGGGUUUUGUGGCUGUCGGCAGUGACAAUCCUACGUUUGAGAGUUGGCCUGUAUGGGAGAACGCCGUCUGGAUGCACCCCACGCUACUCUCGGGGAUGGGCAUCCCCAUUGGCGAGAUCCUGCGUCUCAAUGAGGUGGCGAGCGAGUGUCACCGUCAAAAUCGGUGGAGUUUCUACUUCAGUAGUGUGCCUUUGCAGAUCGAAAACGGCAUUGCUAGUCCGCCUAACGCAGUGGCUAUCUUUUGA